GUAGAAGGACGGCAUCUCCGGGGCGGCUUGGUCCGGUCCCAGCCUUGCUUCGUGAGGUGCUCCGUCGGCCUCGGUGGCGUGGGCCUGGAGUGGACAAGGGAACUGUGCCAGGCCUCGGCCGCGUCUUUGAGGGGGUGCCUGGGUCACCUCCCUAGCAUCAACUUCCUCCCCUACCAGCCCGACCAGACCAUCUCACUGGAUGCUUCCCCACAGGGUGGCUGCUCAGCGUGGGACCCUGCUCAGUCCCGUCCGAGCAGUAGAGUGUGGGGUGGCCUGGGCAAGGUUCCCUGAGCAGUGCCAAUUACAUGGUGCCCACCUGAGCCAUCCUUGUGGUGCCUCCGUGUACGAGAUAAAAAGGCUACAGAUGGAUCCCUACAGAGUGAGGACUGGACAUUGAAUAUGGAGAUCUGUGAUAUCAUAAAUGAAACAGAAGAAGGUCCCAAAGAUGCCAUACGGGCCCUGAAGAAGAGGCUCAAUGGAAACAGAAACUACAGGGAAGUGAUGUUGGCAUUAACAGUGCUGGAGACAUGUGUCAAGAACUGUGGCCAUCGAUUUCACAUCCUUGUGGCAAAUCGCGAUUUCAUAGAUGGUGUUCUAGUGAAAAUCAUCUCCCCUAAGAACAAUCCUCCUACUAUCGUCCAGGACAAAGUACUGGCUUUGAUUCAGGCUUGGGCUGAUGCAUUUCGGAGUAGUCCUGAUCUCACUGGAGUGGUACAUAUUUAUGAAGAACUAAAAAGAAAAGGGAUCGAAUUUCCCAUGGCAGACUUAGAUGCCCUGUCUCCAAUACAUACACCACAGCGGAGUAUCCCUGAAGUGGAUCCAGCAGCGACUAUGCAUAAGUCUCAAUCGCAGCAAAGAAUGAGCUCCGCAUCCUCUUCUGCACCUUCUCCUACACCAUAUGCAGCUCCUCAGGCCCCAUCUUUGAAUGUGACUGGGCCUAUCACCGCAAACUCAGAACAGAUUGCCAGGCUGAGGAGUGAGCUUGAUGUUGUCCGAGGAAACACAAAAGUCAUGUCUGAGAUGUUAACAGAAAUGGUUCCUGGUCAAGAAGACUCUUCCGACCUUGAGCUGCUACAGGAAUUGAACAGGACCUGUAGAGCUAUGCAGCAGAGAAUUGUGGAACUCAUCUCCAGAGUUUCUAAUGAAGAGGUCACCGAGGAAUUGCUACAUGUGAACGAUGACUUAAAUAAUGUCUUCCUCAGAUAUGAGAGGUUCGAACGGUACAGGUCAGGUCGUUCUGCUCAAAAUACCAGUAAUGGAGUCCUCAAUGAAGUAACUGAAGAUAAUUUAAUAGAUCUUGGUCCUGGUUCUCCGGCUGUCGUGAGUCCAAUGGUGGGUAAUACAGCACCACCAUCUUCUCUUUCCUCACAACUAGCCGGCCUUGACUUGGGAACAGAAAGUGUCAGUGGCACUCUCAGCUCUCUCCAGCAUUGUAACCCCCAGGAUGACUUUGAUAUGUUUGCCCAGACGAGAGGAAACUCCUUGGCUGAACAGCGUAAGACAGUUACUUAUGAGGAUCCUCAAGCUGUGGGAGGACUGGCCUCUGCAUUAGAUGUUCGAAAACAGAACACUGGAGUGAGGAGAGGUAAAAGUGGGAACUCCGACAUGGAGCCUAUAGACAAGUGGCUAAUUACACAAGGAAUGAUCCCUGUUGCGCAGUCCUCUGUCAUGGAUGACAUUGAGGUGUGGCUCAGUACGGACCUGAAAGGUGAUGAGCCGGAGGAAGGAGUCACCAGCGAAGAGUUUGACAAAUUUCUUGAGGAAAGAGCCAAAGCUGCUGAAAUGGUCCCCAAUCUACCUUCCCCACCUGUGGAAGCACCGACAUUACCCAUAAACACAUCUGGAAGAAAAAAGCCAGAGCAUUCUGAAGAUGCCCUCUUCGCCCUGUGAUACAUUUUCUUGGUCUCCUUCCUUGUGCUGUGCAGAAGAACACUACUGUCUGGUCAUACCGUACUCUCCUCAGUUACGGAGAAUGCUCACCCCUCAUCAUCCCUCCUGUAUCUAUUACACUUUCCUACUCCCCAGUCAGUCAUACCAUUCUUACUAAAAAUGAAACUUCACCCAUCUCUCCUUUCAAACCUUUUUUUAUUUCUUCUAAAUCUCCCACCUUUCAAUACUACUUUAACCAUCUUUUUCCUUUCUAGGCUGUGUGAAAUUGGCUGCUGCUACUGAAACCCACCUCUCCCUUCCCUGCUCCCACCCACCUCCCUAGUUCCUCCUGAAAAACAUAAGUGCAUGAGCUCAUUUUUCUUAUAUUGGAAACCAAGUAGACUAGCAUAGAAAGCUGCUGCCCAGCCUUGAGGUGAUUUUUCAAGAUGGUUUCCUAUUUCCCUUGCCUUGUAGCCAAAUAUUUAGCAGGAAACAAUGGAGGAUGCUUGGGGUCAGGAUGGAUUAAAGUAAAGGAACAUCUUACUCUUGAUGUUUCCUAUUAUAGGUCCAAAUCAUAUCACACUCCUGCUCUAGAAUUCUGCUUUCCACCUUCUUUUACUUCUCUGUCCCCUGGACUUCUGAAUGGAGAGUCUAGGUGAGGAGUUCAGAAGGUAUGUCAAGUCUCAUGAGGUUUUCUAUUCUUUCGUCUCUUCCUUUCACUGUGACUUUUUUCAAUUUGGCUUCAGGAGGCUAAAUGGUGGUCUGAUGACUUCCCUCCUUUGUUUGCUCAUCAACAUGCAUUAACUUGAUAUUGUUUAAAAAAACAACAACCUUGGGAUAUUUGGGAUUUCUAGCACUUUAAAAAGUUUUGCAUUAUUUCUCAGUGUUCCAGAGAAUUUUUCCUGUCAGUUUGUUGUAUUAUGUAGGUCCUUUGGGGUCUCUCUUCCAGGCAUACCCGUAGAAGACCUUUUGUUGUAAACUCAUGCCAAUUGUUCCUUAGUGGAUUUGGCUCUACCCACUUAGCUAGAUAGAGCUUGAAUUCUUUGGCAAAGGGUUGGAUUGCCAUCCUAAAGAAAUUGGGGAUUAUAGAAGGUACACCCUCUGAUGGAAUGCAGUUUCUAUAUGGCUCCAGUAAAUCUAGUUAAUGAAGGGAAAGUUAAAGGGAAGGAAGGAGACCAGGGGUUGAGUGUAUCAAUGAAAAUCGGUAUUAAAUCAUACAGAUAUUGGUCACAGCAGUUUGACUCUCUUAUGUAGGGUUAACACUGAUGUUUAAUAAUCUCACAGGAAGACAUUGAGGACAUCCCUCUUUGGUUCUCCCAUCUCCUUAACUCUCAUACUUUAAAAGGAUUUUGCACUAGGAAAAGCUGCUCCCUGACCACUGGGGAAAGUAUUUUGAUGUUUGUUAAUGUAUUGCAUGUGUGACUCUGGAAUAACUAGUUACACAGUGAGCUUUGCACCUCUGCUGCCUACAGGCCACCUUAUCAGAAGGAAUGGCUAUCUAAGCCCUGCUCUGUUAGCUUGUUUGGGUUCCCGACAACUUUAUUAGCUACUGUAACACUAAGGCACUUCUACACUCCUUUGGCCCUUCCCUGACACCUCAAUGAAGGCGUGGGUCUCUUCCAUCAGACAACCUUGAAGUCAGCUUUCUGCACCCUAGCCCCUCGUUUAGGGGGAGUGCUCUCAGUGCUUGCGGUCCACUUCCAUACUUUGACUCCCUGCAGAUGCCUCCAGAUCCGCAGGAUGAUCUUCAAAACUGACUAACAGGCUGCCUGAGGGAAGUGUCCAGCUGUCCAAGGAGGUGUCAGUCACUUUGCCAGGGCUUGCAUCCAUCCAUCAGGGCUUAUUUCAAACUGGAUAUUUGAGGGGUUCUCAUUUAGCUCUUGUCUUUUUCCCCUGCCUUCCUGUCCAGAGCUGCCAGAUGUUAAACCUUGCUACUGCACAGUAACUGGAAGGGAAAACGCUGCUGUAGCCAAGGGAGCUGUUCUUUGACUUCUUUCUUCCCGACAUCGCCUACACUUGGCUCUCAAUAGUUUGCCCCUUGCCAGUACUUGAAGAACUGACUUUCAUCAGCUGGUAUGCAGCUACUUGACAUGAGUUAGUCUGAGUUUGCUUCAUUUAGACCUGUUGAGUCAGAUGCUGCUUUCUGUAAUGGAGAUUCCUAAAGUCUGCAGAGUUCCUCAUGAACAUCUGGGGGCAGAUGUUCAUCUUGGCCCAGAGUACAACCUAAUAUUAAUAGGCUAAAUGCAGCUUCUAUUAUUGUGCAUGUCAUGGCCAGCCUAGGCCUCUCUGUGGCCCAGGGCAAUGGCAUGUAUAAAUUCAAAGGAGUUUCAAUGAGGGAACAUGGGCUUAGAGCCAUCACUGUUGGCUGGCAGAGAGUAGAUUAAUUUUCUUCCUUCAGGAAAGAAAGAAUGUAUUGGAAUCAAGGACUAGAUUUUGCAGAGACAUGACCUGGCAGCUCAGGUUCUGGGUGAGGCUAAAUACCAUUCUUGUGGCUAAGCCAGAAGCCAGAUUUAGCCUUGACUGAUUCUUAUGGUGAAAAACCAGAGACACUAGUUGGACUACAGAUAUCUGUAACCUGAAUAAGUAUGAGUAUUGUUCCUUCAGGCUUUUGAAAGUCAGUGAAUGUGCCUAAACAUUGAGCCUAGGGAACUAACUCUUAGUUUGGACUUGCUGACUAGCAAAAAUUAGCUCAACUUCAAUAAAACCAUACUCAACUAUGAUGACACUUAAAUAUCUUCCUUAUGGAACUUAUCUAGGCAGCUUUAAGUUGCUGUUAAUCUUUUCCUUGGGCUAUACUUUUUUGUUCUCUCUUCUCCUCCCCCCAGAUCCUCUCUGUGGUCUGUCACUUCCAUUUUCACAGCUUCCUCCCUAUCCUAGACAUUCUUCCUGUUUUCUUAUGUUUCCCUCUAUUCAUUCUCACUUCCUCCCACAUUCUUGCCUUCUUUCCUAUUUUCUCUCAUUUUCCCUUUCAUGUGGCUUUUCCAGCCCAUGUCCUGCAAUGUCCUUAGUUCUAAUGUUCUCUUAUCAUUUAAAACCUGGGCGCCUGGGAGAUGGGGGAGUGGCACAGAAUGCUAAAGUCAGGUUUAUGCCAGAGGGGUUCAGUUACUGUUUCUUUCUUUCUCAUUCUCUUCUCCAUUGACUUGAACUCUGAAAUUGAGCUACAAUAACUACCCUCUUAGAGAGACUAGAACUGGCUUAUUUUUUGCCAAACUUGCAAACAUCAUUGGUGAGAUGCCUUAAUAUCUUUUCUUUCCAACCAUAUUAUUAUUAUGCUUUCUCCCUGUGUCACAGGACUGUAAUUUUCCCAGCCUAUGAAGGCUUUCAAGGAAUUCAUCCAGGCAGACAGAUGAUGUUAUCUUUCUAAGAUUCAGCUUCUGGCAUGAAGUAAUUUUAAGGCAUCUCUCAGGCACAACUGGAAGUACAUGGACCCAUCCAAAACAAAGUUAGGUCCGUCCCCUCCCAAACUGUAGAGCAUGAAUGUCCUCUCGUUGUUUGAAACCUCUUAAAUUUCAGCAUCUCCAGGCCCUUGUGGAUCCCCGUCUUUAUAUAGGUUUCUAAGGAGGUUAGUCAAACCCUGAGAAAACCAUGUAGCUCCAAGUCCCUGAGGCCAUUGUUAGAAGCUUCUUCUAGUGCUGACUGCAUGAUAGCACCUUAGCCACAUUGUGGUGUUUUGAAAAGAUGCUGCUUGUGGAGGGAUACCAGUCACAUAAUCUUCUCACCCUCUCCAGCUGCUAACUUGCUAUGGAGACAUGCUUCAUUACAGUCUUUUUCCUUCUCCCACUUUAUAAAAGAGAGUCCUAACAUAUUAGAUCCAAUUUUUUUGUGGAAUAGGAGAGUCCUUCCCCAUUCUUUAGUCUGGCUUUAGCUUCUAUUUUUCACAGAGGGAGAAGUUGUUCCCAGCAGCCUACAUUACAGAAAUAUAUUUGUUUGCUUCAGAAACAUUUUCUGCACUUCUUACCUUAAAUUCUUAUAUUUACCUAUUUUGGCAAAGUAGAAGGAGCAGCUUUGAGAUGCUUCAGUUGAUGAUAGAUGGCGGCAAAAGGGCUUCAUGGUUAUUGAUCUCAGUGAAAGGGAGCAAGGCUGUGGCUGUGUAUCCAGAGAAGAAUUCAACAAUAGAGCUAUUUGUGGCCCUGGGUCCAGGUCAGCCCAGUGGGCUUUGCAGUAAAAAACUAUUAUUCACAUCUUCCAAAAAAAAAAAAUCCCCUCUCCAAUUCUGUAGUGCAUUUUAGGGGUUCAGAGUCAGUCACAUCUCUGGGAGCUGUGUAGUCAGAAAUGGCCCCAGUUUAGUUCUUGCCCAUGUUUCUUUUUUUUUCUUUAAUUAUGUAUCUAUUUAGUGUACUUGGCCUGAAAAGACCUUCCAUCUUCCAGCUAUAGCAAAUAGAUAGAUCUUUCCUAUGAUCCUAAUAACUGUGAUUACAAAAAAAGCUCAGCCCUCCAAUAUUAGCCAGUUCAAAAAGAGAUCUUUAAACAUUGUAAAGGGAAUAAGGGAGCUUUUAUAACUUAUUCCAACAGAAUGGAGAGUUGCAGUAGAUGAAGCACUUCCUGAUUAUCUCAUGCUUAAAUGCAUCAAGUUCUAUAGAAGGACCAACAAGUGGGAUCCACAGGAUGAAUAUGUGUUCUUAAGUCAUUGAUCACAAUCAGAUUGGGGUAAUAAUUUUAAUCAUUUCAAAUGCCUUUUGGAUUCUGAUUUUCCUUGAUACCAUUUAUGACCCAGUAGCUUCAUAAGUCUUGAUGAGAACAUGUAAAUCAUUUAAGAUGUAAAAGAUAAUGCUCCUGAGAAAGGGUUAUAGUACAUUUGAGAUACACUUACAUUCUCAAGUGGAUAUGAAGUUGAAUUGUCCCAAGGAAGGAAUGUGGCUUCUCUUAGAGAGCAAGUGCAGGAAAUUAGUAUGUUAAGGUUUACAAGGCCUAUAAUGUCAUGCCUCCCUAUGGUUCUUUGAACAAAAGAGGUUAUAUUCAAGACUGAAUAAUCAAAUAAACCGAAUAAAGAUGAGACCGAAUAAAAAUUACUGAAUAGAGGUAUUCUAUGUGAUUGGUUCCAGGAGCAAGUUCAUUGAGAAGAUAUUGCUGUUCUGCAUCUCUUUUGAACUUGGUGCUUUUUAAAUGGCUGAUACUGAUGCAGACCAUAAAUGAGAAUCUAAUUUUGAACACAUCAUCAGAAAAGUCAAGCUUCUCAUGAGACAAACAGUGCAUGAAGGUCAUCUAGUUUGCAUGUAAAAGAUGGCCUACUGUCUCCUUUUCAAUGUAUUCAUCAGCAGCUUUGUUAGGUGGGAAUGAUAUUUGAGUUGCUGAGGUUAAAAGACAUGUACCAAUUGAUAAUAUAUUUCUUUGUGCAUACGCUGCAAUCAUCAAAUGAGCCAAGCACAAUCAAUGCUGACCUCAGGUUUGCAAAAAGUAGAAAGAUAUUUUGUACCACUGACGAGUGAGUGCCCAUAUACCAGGGUGAGUGGGUCCAUGAUGUCACCAUGCACUACGAGGAUCAUUGACAACUUCAUCCACUUAAAUCCACUCCCAUUUCUUCUGCUGCCACCUCUAUUACAUCUCCGUAGCCCUCUUGCCUUAUUAUAUCAUUCAUUUUGAAAGUUUCUCUGAGUUUUCCUCCCCUGGACUAAUAGAACUCAAUUCUUCUUCCUCAUUUGAGGAAGAAUCUUCCUUCUUUUGGACACUGUCUAGAUUUACUGACCUGAUUUUGUCUGUAAGAAUUUCCAGUGUUCUCAUGAGAGGUUUAUUUGACACACUGUCUCUGGCCUGUGGAGAAUAUCUGAAGUCACAGUCUUUUUUUUUUUUUUUUUUGAAGCGAAAGUGAACUUUAUUCUUUUUUUUUUUUUUUAAAUAACUUUAUUGCCAGAACCCAUGCCAGGGUAAUUUUUUACAACAUUAUCCCUUGCACUCAUGAAGUCAGUCUUGAAAAACACCCCAGGAAGUGGAGAGGUCUAGUUGGCAACAAUGUUUUGACCUCGCAUUGAGUUGUUCAUUCUGUUGACUAGUUAUUGUGAUUUGGCAUGUCACGUUCUUUUCUCCAUUAUCUGGAAGUUUCUGGGCAUUAAAUCUGAUACCAGAGAUAAGCAUGUCUGUAAGAAAGAGGAGCUGAAGGAGCAGUGGAUGAAAGCCUGGGCACAGUCAAGCUGGAGGUGAUUGUGUGGUAGGCUGAAGGUCAACAUUUUCAUGUGGCACCUAACUAGACACAAAAAAAGACUCAGUCUGGCAUCCUAAUUUUGUUUCAAUAGCCUUAACCUGCUUAUCUAAUAUGUUAAGAGUUUUUAGUGUACUCUAUAGAGUUUGUUUGGUUUUUUUUUAAUCUGGGUGAUCUUACACUCGUUUUCUGUUCUUUUUCCUGGAUUCAGCUCAUCAUCUGCUAAUUUCCUUAAUACACUCUCCAGAGAAGUCCUCUCCACUUUUACCUCUAUCUCCAUUGCCUUCUCACAAACCUAAACUUUUCUUGCAGUGUCUUGACUAGUCUAUUUAGUUCCACUUCCAUGUCAUCUGUUGCCCUCUCUAGCACUUCUUCAUAGAUAGCCCUCUUGCCCUAUUAAAUUGCUCAUUCCGAGUGUCUCUCUGAGUUUUCCUCUCCUGAGCUAAUAAAGCUCAAUUCUUCUCCCUCAUUUGAGGAAAAGGCUUUUUCCCCAUUUUUGACAUUGUCUUUAUUUACCGACCUGAUUUUGUCUGUGAGAAUUUCAAGAGCUCUGGUGAGAAGUUUAUUUGACAUGAUGUCUCUUGCCCAUGAUUUUUAUGUAUGCUAAUCAUACUGAGAGAGUGUGUCCUGUAUCAGGAUCUUCUUUUGGCUUUGGUUUAUGACAUAUCGGCCAGGAAUUACUAAAGGGAACCAAGAAGCUCCUUUUCUUCAAUGUUGGAGUCAGAAGCUAUAGAAAUAUCACCACCUGUCUCUUGGUGCUGGCCUUUUACCUUGCCUGUGACAAGUCCUCCCCUCUCAGAGCACUGGUAUUGUGGCUCACAGAUGUGGGUCAGCAAAGCAAGCAGUCCUGAGGAUGGAACUGAAUUGCAAAGGGGGGUGGGGGAAUCAAAGUAGGAAGAAUCUCUGAAAAUGUUAGAAAUCACAGAUAUAGUAUGUACUUAAUUACACUAAAUUAUUGUUGGAAUUCCUUGUAAGUACUAAUUAUACCUGAUUAUAGGUUAAAAUAUUUAUUUUGUCAAAAUAUUUUCUUUGGGCUAUGUUUAACUUUUUCCCUGCUCAUUGUGUACUGAAGUGUGAAAAUUAAUCAUUUGCCUAACUUUUGGGGGGGGGAGUGCUGGUAGAGAAGGGCAAAAAGUAAGGUUUUACAUGAACCAUCUGUGCAUCUUUGGCAAGCACUUGAGCAUUGCCCUCUCUGAAUACAUUAAGACAUUUAACCAACCAACUGGUUCAAAGAUAAGGAAGUAAGAAAGAGUAAGUAAGAGUGGUACUUUUUGAGAAAAGGCUGGAAAUAUUUCUUUCAGGAGAGGAAAUAUGUCAUUGUCCUGGGCCGAGAAAAUCCUUGUUCCUUCUCUCAAUAUCUUCUCUCUUAACCUAUUUCUCAAACCUUCCAAGUCCCACUGUCACUUUCUGUCUAUCUGCUUAAGCAAGGUAAAGGGUUUCUCUGAAGGCUCACAAUUAAAACUUAGGUAUGGAAGUAGUAGAUUCUUUUCCUUCCACUAGACAAGCCCAAAGUAUUUUCUCCAUUAUGGAAAACCUCACCACAGUCUCUGUGCCACCCUUAUUAUUUAGAGCCUUCUUGAGCAAAGGUAAUCAUUUGCCAAAACAUUAGCUUCUGGGUCGUUCUUUUUGUUGUCCCCUCCCCAAUUCUGUAAGUAGGGUUAUGUUCCUAAGUCUUGGGCCUGAGGAAGAGGGAAUGGAGGUAUGACUCUUGGGCGGUCCUUUUGUUCCUUCUAGGGAAAGGGAAAACCGAUUCAGCCUAAGCAUUCUAUGAGAAGUGCCCUAAAUAAAGCACAGGACAUGAUUUUUCCUGGAAACAUUGAUUCAGCAGACAACUGCUUUUUCUCUUCCUCCUCACUCCUCCCCUAAGAGCAUUCAGAUAACUCUUUGACUGUUGAAGAAAAUCUUUGGGUCAAUAACAGUGAUUCUGUAAGGACCAUAUCAGGCCCAGCAUCUCCCACUGAGAACUGGUUCUUAGGAUGCCCAGCUUCUCUUGCACUAUGAUUAAUACCCUGUCUAGUUUAUUCAUAGUAACUGUUUGGGUGGUAUUGACCCAGAUGAUGAUUUCCCCACUCCCACACUCCUGUCUUGUUUAAGGGGGUGUGUUUUCACCUCCCCAUUUAUACAAAGCAAUAGCACUUCACAUGUGUUCAUCAUAAAACUUCAUUCUGAUCCCACCUGGUUCAUUGCAUCAACAACCCCUUUUUCCUUCUCAAAAAAAAAUCCCUCUUUUUGUAUUUUCUGAUUAUAGCCUGGGCUUCAUGAGUACCUCCUCUUCCUGCUUCUCCUUCCCCUUUCCCCUCACUUCCUCUCCCUUCCCCGCCCUUCCUUGGCCCUUCAGUCUUAGGAACAACAACUCUCCUUCUAUCUGUCAAAGUACAUUGAGCUAUUGUUAACAACACUAUAUAAUAAAUAGCAGUUUUUCUCUGUAUAUUAAAACUAUAGGCUUUCCAGGUGACUACUGGGGGGAGGGGUCAGAAUAUUUAUUUCCUGAAGCUAAUGGUUAAAUUGGGAGGGUUUAAGGGAUGGGGGUUUGAGAUGGGGAAUGUAUCUGUUCAAAAGAAGAAUGGGUCAAAUUCGUUGUCAAAUAGCACAACACGGCCAGUUUUCAUGUUGCUGCUGUGUGUUCCCAUAAACAGAUGAUGUUGGGUGUAACUUGUGUAUGGCUAAUGGUGAUACCAUUGUAUUAAAAUGCUACCAUUUGAUCUUAUUCCAGCUACCAUCUCCCGAGUGUGGGUUUUUGCAUGUGAAAAAUUCCAAUAAAAACAACAACAAAACUUCCUAGUGUAUGAAGCAGGAUGUGGCUAUCUGUGGGAGGAACCUGACCAAUGUAUCCUAUUCCCCAAUCCUCAUCCUCUUUUCUUUUUUCAAAAGUAGCCCUCAAUUAGAGGUUUCAAGCUCCCACUAAACAAAUCAUGAUCUUCCCACUUUCCCUUGCAUAAUAGAUGUUUGGUCAAUCUUUGUUUAAAAAAAAAAAUUAACUCAAGAGUGAAAUAUCUGAUUCGUGCUCCAACACUCAGAGCCUAGGCUCAUAUGAAAUCUUCACGGAUUCGAACUGGCUGUUUGUUAAGCCAUCGAGUUUAUAACAGCUUCCCAGAGGCAAGAGAUAUAUAUGAUCUUAGGCAAAUCAUUUCUCUUCUCUGCUGAAAUGUGAGAGUUGAAGAAAGGUUUCCAAGGUGCUUUUUCAGCUCUAAAAUUCUGAAUUCUGUUGAAGAGCCCAAGAGCUGUGAUUUGGAUAGACUUCUAUAAAUCCCCUAAACUAGUCCCUUAGCUUUUCAAGUUAUAGCUGCUCCUAAAGACUCCAAGAGCUUGAUCUUUGAAAAGAAAUUUCUUUGGAUCCCUAAUCUAGCAUUUAAGCUAUGCUUCAAAGUAACUCCAUAACUAAUCCCCUAAACAACUAACACUCCAUUGCAUCCAAGAAAAACAUCACACCUUUUGUGCCUUGUCUUUGCCAGGGCUAAUAUUCAGAACACAUCCAUGUAAUUGAGCCACUCUCUAAAAACUGGAACUAUCCAAGAUUUGCAAAUUGAGGAAGUUCAACGCCUGAAGAAAGAGCACCAGUAGUCAUAUAAGACCUUCUGUUUUCCAAAAGAUGAAUGGAAUGAAAUCAUUUGAACAGGUUUUGGGGUUUUUGAUGCACUUGACCACGAGUUGGAGGCUAGAACCUCUGAAGUCUUCCAUUCAACCCAACAUUUAUUAACCAACUACUUUGUGAAAAACACAGUGUUAAUUUAACAUUAUAGUUAUUAAAGUGAUGUGCUCAAGGUCCCAUAUCUAGUUAUCAGCACAGCUAGCACCAAAACCUUAGUUGUAUGGGAAUCAAUCUAGGCCUCUGAGGGGAGAAGCCAAAGAAUAUUAGGUAACAGAGAUAACUCAAGUCACAUAGUCAGCAGAGAACUGUGCUAAAUGAAACCUGUGUCCUGAUUCCCAGCCCAGGGUUUCAGUCCUUGCCCGACCUUGCCUCCUGAUAACAACUGGUCAAGGUGCUGUCUCUGCAUCCAACCUCAUUUGCCCUUUAAACUGACUUCUCUGAUUUGCAAGAGCCUUGUUUCAUACAAAGUUUUCUCCCCACCUGAGUUCUGUCCCCUUUGGCAACUGGCAGGGAGGAAACAGGAAUAUAGUUUCACAGCACUAGGUUUUAGUUACCGCUAUCUAUAAUAACCCAUGAGAAAACAAUGAAACUCUAGGAUAUAAGGGCUGCUAGGCUACCUUCUAAAUCUCUCCAGUCUUGGCUACUGAGUCAUGUGAUUUCCCAAGUACUCCUCUCCCCCCGCCUCCCCACAUUCUAUCCUCUUUUUAUCCAAUCUCAAGUUGUUAUAUCUAUAAGAACCUGGGUUUUAGCUGUGGCAGUGGAGGGUGGGAGAGCUUGAAAAUGUUUAGGAAUCAACUUAACCCUCUCAGAACUUUAUCUACAAUGUAGUACAUUAGGCCAUUGGCUCUUCUCAGUCAAGUAGAAAAGGAAGAAAAGGGACACAGGCAAAUAGCUAUAUGUGAAAUUUAUCAUAUAUUUCAAGGGAAAAGAAGAUGUACGCAAUAGCUACAGAUAUUUUGAGUAUCAUGUAUAAUUCUCUUAUACAAUGGAUAUGAAAAUGCCCCUUUUAUUUGGUUUUUGUUAAAUUCAGAUUUUAAAAGGCUUAAAUUUUUUUUUCAAACUUUAGCUUAAGCUAAUCAACCAGUCAAGUCAGACUUGGGUGAUCAUACAGUGCUGAGAUAGAAAAAUAUAAAACAUGGCUGCAGCCAUCAAGGAACUCAAUUAUUCUCAUAAUGUUGGUUCUAUUGCCUGGUUACACUGAGUGCUACUUUACAAGAUGCUGAUUAUAAGGGUAGUUUAAAAGAGGGGAAGAUUAUCAUGGGCUGGAAUUAUAAGAAGGGCUUCAAGAAUUGUUAGCACAGUAUAAUGGAAAGGGUACAAGAUCAGGAGUCAGAGAAACUGGAUUUGAAUCAACUCAAUUGCUUGUGUGACCUUGAACUGAGAGAGAUGAACAGCUUUAAGGUCUCUUUCAAUUCUAAACCCAUGACUGAUUAGAUGGAGUCCUUGAAAAAUGGCUAAGAUGGAACCUGAGGAACCUGAUUUUUAACUUUCUCUGCUAGCUUGGCUUUACCUUGAAGAAUAUAUAGAUAACUAUGCAAAGAAAGUAGUCAAGAGUUGCCAACAAAAUGGGAUCCUGAAGACUUGUGGGAAGUAGGGAAAUAUGGGGAUGUUAACUUCAAUUCUCUGGGUUUUGUUUAAGGCCUCUAUUUCUGUGAAUGUGGUGGGAUAUGGGAGUGAGAGUAAAGUCAGAGUGGGAGCCAGAUAAUAAAAUGUUAGAGCUGGAAGAGAUCUUUGAGAUUAUAGGUCAGCAGUUUUCAGCCAUUUCCAAUUUUAAAAUCCCUUUUGAAAUCUCAAAAAAUUUCACAGACCAAACCAUAUGGUAGCAAUUGUACUUUCAGUAGCUCUUGGUUGAGAAAAGACAUGAUGAUAGGGAAAAAAAAAACACUAUUGUAAAUUCAGUGAUGCACUUAAUUUACAUUUUAUUAAUCACAAUAGCAUCUACAUAUGAGUGUGUGACAAACUAUAGAAAAGGUAUAAUGUUUGCUUAUUUAUUGAGUCAUGUUGCAUAUUUUAUUGGAGCUAAAUAAAAAAUUAAAAUGACA